AUGAAUUGGUAUUAGUGAAACUAAUCUUAUAAGUAGUUGCAAAUUUUCCCAAAGUUUAAACACAUUAAUUAUCUCAAAAAACUAAGUGCACAAUCUUCUAAAGAAGAAAAAAGAGAUAGUUUUGCACUUUGGGAACAACUAGCAAUUUUAGCUAUGGCUGGUGAGGCUAAUAACAAUCUACAAGUUCUUAAUGCACUUGAUUUGGCUAAAACUCAACUUUAUCAUUUCACAGCAAUUAUUAUUGCUGGCAUGGGAUUUUUCACUGAUGCUUAUGAUCUCUUUAGCAUUUCACUUGUCACAAAGUUACUUGGACGUUUAUACUACACGAAACCGGAUUUGUUGAAGCCCGGGACACUCCCUCCGGGUGUGUCUUCAUCGGUCACGGGUGUUGCCUUAGUUGGGACCCUCGCGGGCCAGCUAUUCUUCGGUUGGCUCGGAGACAAAAUGGGGCGAAAAAAGGUGUAUGGUAUAACUUUGGUACUCAUGGUUGUGUGUUCACUUGCUUCCGGACUCUCCUUUGGUAAUACUCCUAAGGGUGUUAUGGCUACACUUUGUUUCUUUAGGUUUUGGCUUGGAUUUGGCAUUGGUGGCGAUUACCCUUUAUCGGCCACGAUUAUGUCUGAAUACGCUAACAAGAAGACGCGUGGUGCAUUCAUAGCCGCGGUCUUCGCUAUGCAAGGGUUCGGAAUCUUGUUCAGUGGGAUAAUUGCACUGAUUGUUUCGGCAGGUUUUGAUCAUGCUUAUAAGGCCCCUACUUUCGCGGACAAUGCAGCUCUGUCUACUGUGCCACAAGCCGACUACAUUUGGCGUAUAAUCCUCAUGUUCGGGGCGUUGCCUGCAGGACUCACUUACUACUGGCGCAUGAAGAUGCCUGAAACUGCUCGUUACACGGCUCUAGUGGCGAAAGAUGCUAAAAGAGCCGCGCAGGACAUGGGGAAAGUACUGCAGGUUGACAUUGAUCCUGAGGCAGCGAAAAUCGAGCAAUUGUCAAGAGAUGAAGCCAAUAAAUUCGGCCUGUUUUCGUGGGAAUUUGUGCGUCGCCAUGGAGUGCACCUAUUCGGAACAUGUUCUACAUGGUUUUUACUAGACAUUGCUUUCUACAGCCAGAAUCUUUUCCAAAAAGAUGUGUUCUCAGCAAUUGGAUGGAUUCCUCCGGCCGCAACAAUGAAUGCUGUUCAGGAAGUUUACAAAAUCUCCAGAGCGCAAACCUUGAUUGCGCUCUGUAGUACGGUGCCAGGGUAUUGGGUCACCGUGGCAUUGAUUGAUAUCAUCGGAAGGUUCAGUAUCCAAUUGAUAGGAUUUUUCUUCAUGACCGUGUUCAUGUUCGCGAUCGCUAUCCCCUACCAUCAUUGGACAUUGAAGGACAACCGUAUUGGAUUCGUCAUAAUGUACUCCCUUACAUUUUUCUUCGCGAAUUUUGGACCUAACGCGACUACAUUUGUGGUACCGGCUGAGAUUUUCCCAGCCAGGCUUAGGUCAACAUGUCAUGGUAUUUCCGCGGCUGCUGGUAAGGCUGGAGCUAUAGUGGGAGCAUACGGAUUCCUAUACGCUGCGCAAAACAAAGAUCCAAAGAAAACCGAUGCAGGAUACCCCACGGGUAUCGGAAUAAAGAACUCGCUCAUUGUUCUAGGGUGCAUCAAUGCACUAGGAAUGAUUUGCACAUUUUGUGUGCCAGAGCCAAAAGGAAAAUCUCUUGAAGAAGCAUCACAAGAAACUAUCUCUGGAGAAACAUGAGGUGACUAACUGCUUGGAAAUAUCACUUCUUGUGUUUUUAAUUUUCUUUGUAUUGUCUAAAAGUUUGUUUGUUGUAAAUUUUUUGAAUUUUAUUGUGA